GUGCCGCUCUCCUGACCCCAUCUGCGCGGUCCGGUACUUGCUACAGCCCGACUUUUCCCUCGCCGCCCUCCCGUCCGCCACCAUCCUCCCCACGACGUGCUGUCCUGCGCCCGCAACCAUGUGCCGCACCCUGGCCACCUUCCCCAACUCCUGCCUGGAGAGAGCCAAAGAGUUCAAGACACGGCUGGGGAUCUUUCUUCAUAAAUCAGAGCUGAGCUCCGAUACUGGGGGUAUUAGCAAAUUCGAGUGGACCAGUAAGCAUAGCAAAGAGAGAAGCUUCUCAGAAGAUGUGUUGGGAUGGAGAGAGUCUUUCGAUUUGCUGCUGAACAGUACAAAUGGAGUGGCUGCCUUCCACGCCUUCCUGAAGACGGAGUUCAGCGAGGAGAACCUGGAGUUCUGGCUGGCCUGCGAGGAGUUCAGGAAGAUCCGAUCAGCCACCAAACUGGCCUCCAGGGCUCACCGCAUCUUUGAGGAGUACAUUCGCAGUGAAGCCCCUAAAGAGGUGAACAUAGACCACGAGACCCGAGAACUGACCAAGACAAACCUACAGGCCGUCACUACCAGUUGCUUCGACGUGGCUCACGGAAAGAUUCGCAUGUUGAUGGAGAAGGAUUCCUAUCCACGCUUCCUCAAGUCACCUGCUUACCGAGACCUGGCUGCCCGAGCCUCGGCCACACCCAACUCCUCCGCAUCCAGCAGCAACCCAGCUGAGCCUUCACACACCUGAGCCUCUGCAGCAACCUAGAAGCCGGCAGGAAGAGAGGUGGAGUCGCCCAUCCCUGAAGCAGCCGCGCCCUGCGCGGGAGGCAGGUCCUGCGCGGCAAAUGUGAGAGGACAGUGAAGGGACAGACGGACAUCCCUGCAGCUUGAGUGUGAAGAACUAACUCCCUCUCCUCCGGAUACUGCAGUGGGCCCAGUGUCGGAGAGACUCCUCAUGUCCAGGACCUGUGCCUGAGGGGCUGACAACUAGGCUGUGUGGGGUGCUCUGGGGAAGGGUGGCCCAGAACUUAGGUUCUUUCUACCAGGGCACACACAAAGGAAUGCUGGGGUGGUUGGCAACCUUGAGAGCAGGAGCCAGAGAGCAGCUAUUUACGUGCCAGACAGUUGGCUUUGGUCCCGUCUUGACUUCCUUGUUCCUGGACUGGGCCUCGAAAAGGCUGUGUGUGGAAUCUUCAUCUCCUGCCCUUGCCUUCCCAGAGACACCCCGGGCCCCGUAACGCAGGCUUCCUACUGUUCCUGUCUUCAUUCUUGCAGUCUCACGGAGGCCAAUGAGUUAGUAUGACUCUUGCCCCAGAAGAGAUUUCUAUACCUCAGAAACCUGGCCUAUGAGCCCCUUUCCGGGUCAGUCAUGAGCCCUGCAAAAGAAGCCAUUUUGCUCAUGUGACCCUAGGCUGGGUGCUCUCGGUGGCCUUCUGUAGGUGACCCCUUGACCUCACAUUUGCAGCAGGGUCUGCUUGUGAACAGGGCUAACUGAGACGUCUUACUGGGCCCUGCGCGCCUUGGAAGAUGGGGGUCUAAGGAGGAGGUGGGAGGAAGGAGGCUUCAGGCACCGGGACCAGCGCUCAUGGCCAGCGACGAGCAAGGGAGAGAAGUCAUGGAGAAAUCCAUCUGUAGGGGGAGCCCAGAAGACUAACUGAAAUCAAAUCGGUUCUCUUUGUGGGUAUGAAAAUGGGGAAAAGAUGCCCCUACCCCGAGCCCCUGGUGGAAGGGGGCCUUGUACUUCUUUCCUGAUGAUGUGAGAUGCCCACUGUAGUUAUGGGAGAGGUCAGUCAGGGACCAAGAAAGCUUUGGAACAGAAGUUAGAAAGCACAGCCAAGGGAGUAUGGCAGAUUGUGUGUGUGUGUGUGUGUGUGUGUGUGUGUGUGGUGCCUGGAAGGAUGCCUAUCACCCCUGAGUCUUACCGAACAAACAUUCCAAGUUAAGACUUGUAGCACCAGAGACCAAGGCGGCUGUGGAGACCUAGGUUGUCAGCAUUGUUUUCUCUGCACUUGAGGCUUCCCCGGGAGAAAUUUCUUUUAAGUAGAAUAUAUCGUUCUGUUGUGUUGUGCUGACGUCUCAGCUGCUAUUGUUAUUUAUUGUGACUUGUUUGCCUGUACUGAAGAAACUCAGCAGGAGCUGCUGCCCGAUCGCCCCUCCUCCCUACCAGACUCUACCUCUGCAAACCUUGGGAACCACUGAGGGCUGUUGGGGGGGAGGGGGGAUUCCCCACUGUGUUAAUAUUUAUUUAUUGUUAACAAAGGGAGCUGGGUUCCUUUAUCAGCAGUGUAUGGGAUCCCUGGUUGGUUUUUUUUUUUUUUUUUUUCUGUU